AUGGCCGGUGUAGUGUUAGUUGUUGGAUCUAUUGCGUUUAUCAACGAUUUGAUCUGGAUAAUGACUCUGACGUUCACCAUUGUUUUGUCGCGCGCAACCGGCCCAACAAAAUUAGGAAUAAUACCUAUAUUUCUUCUAGCGCUAACCAUCACACUGGUUUUACUGUUUUUCCCUCUUGCCCCUGAAGUUCCCUCCCCUGAGAGAGCAGUUCAGAUAGUGGAUAUGUUCUUCAUCGGCCGCUACGUGCUUCUGUCCUCUGUGACCGUGGUGUUCUUGGCAACCCUGUUCAUGUUGCUGCCCUUACAUUUCCUGGAGCACGUGUAUGCCAAGCCCCUGAGAACACACUAGACCACGAGGCUUCAUGUGCCAAACUCCUACAGAUAUCCCGAAACGGGGCAGCCAACCUGGCAGCGCUGCCGAUCAGCAAGCCCCACUUGAGAUGAGAGGACAGCAGAAGGUUCCAAGACU